AUGAUCGCGUCGCCUCACCUCACCUCACCUUCCCCCUCCCUUCUCCCCAGUGGUGCAUGGAAGUCGGAGGAGUUCAAGCCGUACAAUUUCAAUGCAUUGGGUCUGCCAACUGAGGGAGGGCACCUGCACCCGCUGCUGAAAGUGCGCGCUCAGUUCCGCAAGAUCUUCCUGGAGAUGGGUUUCCAAGAGAUGCCGACCAACAACUUCGUUGAGAGCAGCUUCUGGAAUUUCGACGCGCUUUUCCAGCCACAGCAGCACCCUGCCAGGGACUCCCACGAUACCUUCUUUCUGACUGCCCCCGCUGCAACGAAGGAACUUCCAGAGGACUACCUGCAGCGAGUCAAAACGAUGCACGAGACGGGAGGGCACGGGUCAACUGGUUAUGGUUACGACUGGAAGCGGGCUGAAGCUGAGAAGAACCUGCUGCGCACACACACCACGGCGGUGUCGUCGCGCAUGCUGUACCAGCUAGCGCAGGAGGGGUUCCAGCCGCGCAAGUACUUCUCGAUCGAUCGGGUGUUCCGGAAUGAGGCUGUUGACAGGACGCACCUUGCUGAAUUUCACCAGAUAGAAGGCGUGAUCUGCGAUCGGGGCACCACACUGGGAGACCUCAUAGGCGUGCUCAACCAGUUCUUUGCCAGACUUGGCAUCACGCGUCUGCGUUUCAAGCCUGCAUACAACCCUUACACCGAACCUAGCAUGGAAAUCUUCAGCUAUCACGAGCAGCUGAAGAAGUGGGUGGAGGUGGGCAACAGCGGUAUGUUCCGCCCUGAGAUGCUCCAGCCAAUGGGGUUGCCCGAUGACGUCUCUGUCAUUGCCUGGGGGCUGUCCCUUGAACGACCCACUAUGAUCUUGUAUCACAUCGACAACAUCCGUGAUCUUUUCGGCCAUAAGGUUGACUUAAAGCUGAUCAAAUCGAACCCAAUCUGCCGCCUCGGCCUUUGA